CGACGCUGAUUACAUUCAACUUUUCACAUCCCUGCUGUGGACACACUUGGAUGUCAGCGCUGGACAACUACACACAAACAUGAUCAAAUUUGCCAAGGCUCUUUAUGACAACACAGCAGAGUGUGCUGAUGAGCUGGCCUUCAGAAAAGGAGACGUCCUAUCAGUGACGAAUCAAAACCUCGCAGGCACCAGUGGGUGGUGGAUGUGUUCUUUGCAUGGCCGGCAGGGUCUCGCCCCGGCCAACAGACUGCAGCUCAUUGAAAGCUCUGUAAGCCAUCGCACAGAGAAAAGGAAAAGUGAAACCAAUGACAGCGUGCCGAACAUCUACCAGAUCCCAAGUCUGCCUAAAAACGGACAUAAGAACGCGGUCUACAAUACCCCGACCACUUGCUUGUCAGCUUCAGUGACGUCUAACCAUGUGGUGCUGAAGCAAAAUACGGAAGACAUGAAGGUGUAUAAAUCACCAGCAUCCAUGCAUCGAGGCCCUAGCUGUGACAUCCCUGCAUCUUCAGUCCCUGGUGGCCAACAUGAAGUGGUCAGCGGGUACAGCACUUUACCCAAUUGCUGCAAGUCUAGUUGGAUCUAUGAUAUACCAGUGGGUACUGACAAGCAAGACAGAGUCCAAAACAACAAUAAUACACUUCCUUCCAAAUGUGUUGGCAGCCACCUGUACGACACGCUUCCUUUGCAAGCUAGUCCAAACAGAACAAUGCCACCAAAUGCUUUGCUUUACGAUAUACCAAAACCCUGUUUUCUUGGCCACCCGAGUCCACCCAAUUUACUGCCAAGAGUCCCGAUUUACGACAUGCCUCCAACGCAAAGGCUCAUGGAAAACUUUGCACCGAAAGAAGAUUUGCUUAGCCAAGUUCUCAGCGAUCCUGUUAGUGACCAUUUACCUUUGGAGUGCCGGAGUGACCCAAGCACUGGUCAUAACCUCUUCAGGGUAAAGAACUUUCUGAGGUGUAGAUCUUUUCAAGGCAGCCAGGGAAGUGUAGAGUUGCUGUUGCAGGGAGACGCAAAAAGCAGUGGAAGCGUAUCUUCCUCUGCAGACCAGAGUCAAAGAAUCAGCACCGCAUCCAGCUCCUCAAGCAGUUCUUGUGACUCUCUCGCUCUGAGCUCAUCUCCUCAGGAGGCUUUGAGAGAAGUGACGCUCGGACAAGACGAGGCCUGUCGCAGAUUACUGGACCUGCAGCAGUCCGUUUGCCAGGCUGUUCCCAAGCUCAUGGAGUUUGUCAGCAGCCGUUGGAGGAACAAAGAACAUCUGGAGAAACACCUGAAGGAGAUUCAAGUUGCGGCAGAAGGUAUUGCAUGUUCCGUGACAUGCUUUCUACAUUUUGCCGCUGACAUUAAGGGAAAUGUGCGACAUUUGACCGAUGCCAACCUUCAAAAGAGACUCUGCAAACAACUAUCAGUUGUUGAGGAUUCAGCAUUGAUCUUACAACAAACGCUGAGUGGGUUAAACUUGGCCGGCUGGCCCCUUGACUCCCUGUGUCAGGAUCCGGGCCAAGUCCUGACACUUGAUCAACUGGAGCGCUUUGUCAUGGUGGCCCGCACGGUGCCAGAGGAUGUCCGGCGCCUGGUGUCCAUUGUCAUCGCCAACGGCAAGCUACUGUUCAAAGUCCCUUCAGAUACAGUCGUUGUUAAAAACACAAAUCAAAGCGAAGCAAAGACAAUUCGAGGUGGGAGUCAGUGGCUGGGAGACUUAGUGGAGGAUGACAAUGACAAUGUGAAGGAACAGAUGAAGAAUCACGUUGAAAAGCAAGGAGAGAACCAUCACACGGAACAAAAAACGAACGCCAGUCAAGAGUCUACCAUGAGAGAGAGCGAAAGCAGGCGACAGUCCUUCCAAUCUUGUCCCGUGAACCCGGAAGAGCGUCGAGCAUCUUCCAUGCCCGAGCAUUGCCGCCUCUACUUUGGCGCUCUUCAAAAGGCGCUGGGGGUCUUUCUGGGAAGCCUUGAGGCAGGGCAGCCACCAGAGACGUUCAUCUCGCAAAGCAAACUGGUGAUUAUGGUGGGUCAGAGGCUGGUGGACACCCUGUGCAAGGAGGCACACAGUGGGGGGUCCAGUCACAGCCUCCUAAGUAAGAGCAACCACCUAUGUGCUCUUCUCAAGCAGCUGGCCGUGGGCACCAAGAGGGCGGCCUUAGACUUCCCCGAUCAACAAGCUCUCGCCGAGCUUCAACAGUUUGCACAGGAGCUUUCUCACAGGGCACAGCACUUUAGAUUAGAAUACACUAAUGCAGACAGACUGGACACCGACUGACUUUUCACUAAGAAACAUUGUAGGAGAAAUCGACUAACAAAAUAUCCAUCCAUCCAUUUUCUACCGCUUGUCCCUUUUGGGGUCACGGGGGGUCGCUGGAGCCUAUCUCAGCUUAAUUCGGGCGGAAGGCGGGGUACACCCUGGACAAGUCGCCACCUCAUCGCAGGGCCAACACAGAUAGACAAAAUAUAUAUUUUUAAAUGAAACAUGAUCUAACCGCUCUUCUGUAGAUCAAGAUAUGCUAAACUAGGGCAUGGCGACACCUUACACCAUGGGUGUCAAACUCUGGCCCGCGGGCCAAAUUUGGCCCGCCGUGUAAUUUCACUUGGCCCGUGAGGCGAUAUCAAAUUAACACUCGAGCUGGCCCGCCGAUUAUAUAUAGCGGCGGUGCCGCGGUACACCGCUUAUUCUCAUACUUGCCAAACCUCCCGGGAGACUCCCAAAUUUCAGUGCCCCUCCCGAGAAUUGUAACGUCCCCUUUUAGUCCAGUCCGACGUGUGCUGGCCCAGUUACAUAAUAUGUGUGGCUUUGGCACGCACACAGAAGUGAAUGCAACGCAUACUUGAUCUUCAGCGAUACAGGUUAC